AUGCUCUUCAGCAUCCAGUCAGGUGAAGAAGAAAAGUCACACUGGGUUUGGUGUACUUGAGGUUUUUGCUGGAGAUGAUGGACGUCAGUCAGUACUGGUUCAGCAGUUUUGUCCUGCUCCUCGUUUACCUACAAGGUUGUUUGACCAUGUUCGUCCCUAAUGCGACACACCUGGAGGCCAUGUUGGGAAAGUACAUGGACAAGGACGACUCGUGGUGGGCGUCCAAGCCAAGGGGCAAGAGGGCAAUCUCUCAGAGUGACAUGCAGCUCAUCCUGGACCUGCACAAUAAGCUCAGGGGACAGGUCUACCCCCCGGCGUCCAACAUGGAGUACAUGGUGUGGGACACCGAGCUGGAGCGCAGUGCUGAGGACUGGGCGUAUACGUGCCUGUGGCAGCAUGGACCCUCUCACCUCCUGACCCAGAUCGGUCAGAACCUGGGGGCGCACUGGGGCAGGGAUCGACCUCCGACCUUUCAUGUGCAGGCGUGGUACGAUGAGGUUCAGUACUUUAGUUACCCCUAUCCUCAGGAGUGUAACCCCCACUGUCCCUAUAGGUGCUCCGGUCCUGUCUGUACACACUACACACAGUUGGUUUGGGCCACCAGUAAUAAAAUCGGCUGCGCCAUCAACGUGUGUUACAACAUGAACGUUUGGGGAAUGAUCUGGGCCAAAGCCGUGUACCUGGUGUGUAAUUACUCACCCCCGGGGAACUGGUGGGGUCAUGCGCCGUAUAAACACGGCCGUCCGUGCUCGGCGUGUCCAGCCAGUUACGGUGGAGGCUGCAGAGACAACCUGUGUUAUAAAGACGAUGGCAGUCAGAGAUAUUCAGAACCUGAGGAGAGUAACUACAUAGAGCCGGAGCCAUCACACAGCCAGUCGUCUGCACCCGCUGAUUACUACUUCACACCAGUGCCAACCACAGUGCCAACAUCGGUGCCAACGCAACCAGCAGCACCCGAUAACCGCGGCCUGGAAGAGAACGACGUCAGCAGCACCGAGCAAAUGUCCCAGCAGGUGGAGUGUGAUACCAGGUUACGGGAUCGGUGUAAAGGAACCACCUGCAACAGGUACGAAUGCCCACCGGGUUGCUUAUACGGCUACGGCAAAGUGAUCGGCUCGGGACAUUACGACAUGCAAUCCAGUAUCUGUGGUGCAGCGUUGCAUGCUGGGAUUAUUGAUAACGAUGGAGGCUGGCUGGACAUCACCAGAGUGGGCAGACGAUCGCGCUUCAGCAGGUCCUACAGGAACGGAGUUCAGACUCAGGCGAGGAACACGAGCGCCAACGCCUUCACCGUGUCUACGGUAACAGUAAAGGCGGUGAGCUGUGAGAUGACGGCGGCUCAGUUCUGCCCGUACAGGCGACCCGUCCGACACUGUCCCAGGUUGUACUGUCAUCGUAACUGUCUGUACGACAGCAACACACGCGUGAUCGGGACACGCUACUACUCAGACAGCUCCAGUAUCUGUCGGGCGGCGCUACACGCCGGCGUGAUCCAGAACCACAGCGGCGGGUAUCUGGACCUGAUGCCAGUGGACAGGAGGCAGCACUACACCGGCUCCUACCAGAACCGAAUCUCAUCAGAGAGCCUGCAGAACCCAGCGGGAGGGCGAGCGUUCCGAGUGUUCGCCGUGAUCUGAGACGGCCGGAGAAGGACACGCCGACCACCACGCGGAGAGAACCGGCCAACAACAACACGUCCACUCACGCUGAGCUCCGCCGGACUGAGACAAACCCUCAGGACAGGAAAUAAAGACGUUAAACCUGGAGCCGAGGCUGAAGUGAGAAGAAUUCCUGCAGGGUUUGUUUCCUCGGGUGGAUUUUAUUCUGUAAAUAACGUGUAUAAAAUCACUGUUAAUAAUUCUGUCACGCUGGAGCUACAGAGGCUGAACAUCAUCAUCAUCGUUAUCAAGGUUUUUAUAAGUAAUAAUAAAAAAUAAGACUCUUGUGAUCUCGAGAUGCAUCCUAAAGUCCACCGUAGCUUUUUGGUGGCAUCUCAAAUCUGUGUUUUAUACACCGAAACAUUUCAAACCCCUUGAUGCUGAUGAUUUAGAGACCAAGUGCCAGUCCUGCCCGUCUGUAGCUCCUUCAAUAGCUCUCUGGCUACACACAUUGAUUAAAUCUGUAUAAACAGCUAACCUACACGCCUACACGCUGGUCUAUAAUGCAUCAUGUUCAGAUAUCGAGCUACAAGCACCAAGAGAAA